AUUGUUUAUUUACUGUUUGGUGUUUUCGUCUUAUACCGCCUUGGUAUAUAAACCACCUAUAUCGGCAUUCGGGCAUCAGGCAAUCUGUGUGCUGACUGCUUCGACGAAUGUUUACGCGUUUUCCGGCUCGCCGUAAUCCCGAAUCCGCCAUUGUUGUGUAUAUGUGUGUGUCGACGGCCGAUUUACCUAUCACUAUAGUACGUCGAAUGUCUCGGAAGUCUCCCGACCUAGUGCACCUAGAGAGUCUGCAGUCGUUCGUCGUAUUGGUCGAACGUGAUUGAUUGCCAGUCACGACGACCGCCGCGGUGGUAUUUGUACGCUAUAAACACGGUCGUAAUGUCAGCCGGCGUUUCUGAACAGGUGAAAUAUAACCAUUAUUCUUACGUAGCGCGUCAAGGGACAAGAACACCAAGUCGAUGGAGCAAAAGAUCCCAACAAAGUAAAAGAGGCUGCACAAUUUGAAACUGUUUGGCAUCCACAACUCCAACAACAACCUGGUUAUAAUAAUGCUAUGACACCAGAGCAGUAUUACCAGUUUCAAAACCCAGCUCCAUAUCAAUAUCCAACACCAACUGCAUAUAAUAUGGGGGAUCGAUCUUGGACAAAUGCUCCUGAAGCGUUAACAUAUGUUGGAGGAUAUUUGCCUACCCCAGAGACUUAUAAUCAACCCAGUGUUUAUAAUGCUCAAUACAAUCAUCCUACCCCUACCCCUGGCUAUAACUAUUACAUUGCUCAAAAGCCAUUUGAAGGAUAUUAUAGAGCUGGAGAUCAAAUGUAUGGAGUUCCAGUAAAUGAACAAAUAAAAACCAUUGAACAAGAUGUACAAGCAUUAAGUGUGAAUGAUUAUAGAGAUAAUAGUGGUAUACAACAGAAAAAAGUAUCAACAUGGGCUGCUGUCCCAAACCAACCAGUGAAACCCAUAAUGCCAUUGACUUCUGUAACCAAGAAGAAAAGUCCAGGUAUGCCUCCACAACCUAUAAUACCUGGUAAAAAUGAUGUUCACUGGGAAUCAAAGGCUAUAUCUAAACCACCUCCUCCUCCUCCAGUUGUACAGGUUCAAGUUCCCCUUAUUCAAGCUCCCAUUAUUCAAGCUCCUGUAGUUGUGGAAACAAAACCUCAAAAUUGGAAUGACCAUAUAAAUGUUCCUUCCUAUAAUGCUCCUCCUAUGGCAGAAAUACCUACUCACAUACCUCCACCCGAUCAUAUUAGGCAUGUACCGCCACCAACUAUAAUCAUGUCAUCACCACCACCACUACAGAUUUUAAACUCUCCAUCAGAAGAAAACACCAAGCAUAAAUUAAUUGACGAAUUAAAAAUGAAAAAUCAUUAUAAUCCUGCUGAGUAUUCUAAUCCGCCUGAAGGAUCAAGAUUUUUUAUUAUUAAAUCUUAUUCUGAAGAUGAUAUUCAUCGAUCAAUUAAAUAUGAAAUAUGGUGCUCUACCGAUCAUGGAAAUAGACGAUUAGAUCAAGCAUUUAGUUCAUCAGAUAAAAAAAAAAUAUUUCUUUUGUACUCUGUAAAUGGAUCUGGACAUUUUUGUGGCGUAGCAGAAAUGAUAUCAGCUGUUGAUUAUAAUUCUUCUAGUUCAGUAUGGUGUCAAGAUAAAUGGAAAGGGCAGUUUGGUGUUCGAUGGAUAUAUGUAAAAGACGUACCUAACAACCAAUUAAGGCAUAUUCGUUUGGAAAACAAUGAAAACAAACCAGUGACUCAUUCUAGAGACACGCAAGAGGUUCCUUAUAAUCAGGGUGUACAAGUAUUAAGAAUAAUACAUUCUUAUAGACAUGAAACUUCGAUUUUUGAUGACUUUCAACACUAUGAGAACUUACAAAAAUUAGAGGAUAACAAAAAAAGUGCAGCUCCUCUUCCUCCAUCAUCACAUUCAACCAUUAACAAAUAUAAUCAUAUGGGACCAGUUCAAUUUUUAAAUGAUAAUCGACCACCACAGCAAAACCAUUAUAAAGAUUGGGAAAAUAAGCCAAACGAUACAAAAUUUGAAAGUAGGGAAAACUCUUACCAACCGCAGAAAUUCGAAAACUUCAGUCAUAACCACAGACCUAGAACCGAUAAUCAUAGAGGCCGUAAUGAUAAUUAUAGUAAAGAAGAAAACUUCAGGGAACAUAACAAAACUUAUCGUAGUGAUCAAAAUAGAAUCCGUAAUGAUCAUCAUUGUAACUGGGAUGAACAAUACAGAAGUGGAAAUAAUUUCAACAGAGGACGUAGGGGUAGAGGUGGACCUUCUGUCUUCGUGAAUAGUAAUUUGAAACAGACUAAUCGUGGUUAUGAAUAAAACCAAUGUUGGUUUAUUUGUUUUUUUUUUUACCUGUUUAAACUAAAAUGGGAUUGUAGAAUUGUUCACAGUGUUUAAUCCUACGUUCCUAAAUUAUUUUCAUUCUAUUUGGAGAAAUUGUUUUUAUUUUACUUUAAUAUGUAUGACCAUUUUAUUCUGCUAUUUUCAUUGUUGACAGUUUUAUCAACAAUUAGUAGUAUAGGAGUAAUUACUAAUUUGAGUACUCCUAUCUUAAAUAAUUGUAAGUUAUGUAUAUCAAUAAUAAUAAUAAAUAAACAUUCAAAUUAAA